AGUAAAGGCCAAUUCCGUUACAUGAGUGCUAAACAUGAAGCCAUUGGGAACCCCCCGGUAACAAGUAACUAAAUCAUGCGCUAACCCAAUUCUAUCCUAAUGCUCUUUGGUGUCUUCUUUUCCAGUGUGACAUCUGGUCCCUGGGAAUCACUGCCAUCGAAAUGGCCGAGGGAAAAACACGUAAGUGAAUCACAACACUUGUGGGUUUCUGUACAUUGUAACCAAGGAAUUGUUACCCAGUCUGGCAAAGAGCCUUUAUUUAGUCAUCUGUUACAAGAAGAAAUCAAGGCCAUGCCUGUGUUUCUAUGUGCAGGGGUAUUUUUUGUUUGUUAUGUAUUGUUUGUUAUAAUUAUUCUAAAGCAAAAUGUCUAUUAUGGUGGAAAUAGCGAAUAAGCCCCAAUACUUCAGCUUCAUGUUUGAAGGGACUCAUAUAUAUAUGUUUUUAACUUUUAGCAUACGCCGAUCAGAAACUAGUGUCGGAGCUGAUCAUCAACAACGACUCUCCGAGGCUCAUAUCAAGGACCUGGUGAGUCCUUCCCAGCUCAUGUCACUGUGCGAUGCUGAUACUGCAACUCUCUGUGUCUCUCACCUUGGCAUAUUAGCAAUUAAAGCAAUACAUCUGUUUUUCUUGCUCAAAUCUUUUCAUUUUUCCAGGUCACAAACUUUUGUGUCCUUCUUGGAGUCGUGCCUUGAGAAGGAUCCUUCCCGGAGAUGGAGCGCGGAAGAGCUCCUGCAGCACCCGUUCAUUACUGAACUGCCCCCUGCGAAGACCAUCAGGGCUGAAAUCGAGGAGCACCUUCGGGCUGUGCAGAACCGGCCGGCCAAACAAGGAUUGAGAGCAGUUCGCUGGGCCAGGAAACAGCUACGGCGGGCCAGGGAACAUCUACGCGGGGCCAGGGAACAGCUACGGACUCGCUGGGCCAUGGAACAGCUACGGAGGGCCAGGGAACAGCUACAGAGGGCCAGGGAACAGCUACGGAGGGCCAGGGAACAGCUACGGCCUCGCUGGGACAUGGAACAUCUACGGCGAGCCUGUGACUUCUGCGCAACUGAAACAUCGCCAGAACAGAAGGAGGCUCAGCAAAUGGCCCUGGAGGGUUUUGCCUGUGUGUGAUCCUGUGGCCAAUAACAUCAAGUGCCCAGGGUGAGUCUCCUGUAUACCAUCCAAGGAGAAAGGAACAUCUGCAGAGAAACGUACCAUCUCUCCUUCUUCUACUGCUCCUUUACCACUAGGCUCUUUCCUCAGACUACCACACCUCUAGCAUCUGUAUCUCCAUCAACAUGAUCCCUUGCAGCUGCCCCAGCUCCUCCACAGUGGCGUCUCCUCUUUAAAUAACUGUAACUCCACCAGCAGUCUCUGCCUUUAACAUCUGCAUUUCAGAUCUGUUUUUCUAACUGUAGAUCUGUCAUCAUAUCUCAGACUACCACUGCUCCACCAAUGAUGUAUUUCCUUUAAUAUCUUCAUUUCAAACAACCACAGCAACAGUGAUACUCACCACAAAUUCACCAGUGGCAUUCACAUUUUUUAAACACCACAGCUCCAGUGGGACCUUAGAUUCAAAUUACCAUAGCUCCUCCCAAGGUCUCUCCUCUUAAUUUUAGCUCCACCAGCUGCCUUCCCUUUAUUUGUCUACUCCUCAACCAGCAUGCUCUUUGCCUUAUUCUAAUUUCUUAUUUUCUCUUCAGCUAGUCUCUUCCAUUUAUCUUCUGUUCCACCCUCACACACUUCAAAUCUCCCAUUAUAGAGCCAGCGACACCUCCUCUCUAAUCCCCUCACAUACACACUGACAUAAACCCUUAGUACAAGUUGAUCCAGGGACUUGUCCGAUUGCCCUUUUGGGAGUC